GCUGUUAAAUAAUCUUUCUACAAAGGAGUGGGCAGGUAAGUAAAGAAGUGAUGGUUUUGGCGACAGUUUCUGCAGCUGACUGUAGGCUAGGCUAUACAGUAAUACAGAGAGGGGUUGUAUGUUUGCGUAUGGGAGGAGCGCACGCUCAAAGACAGAGUUCAUUCCAGCCAUGUAAACAUUAUGAGUUUGAACGCGAAGAGAACAAGGCGCACGACUGGAGAGGAUCUCAAGCAAGACAGGGGGAAGACAUUUUUGCCUCAGUCAAACCAAAUACAGUAGGCCCAACAACAAGGACUAAUUCCUAUUUAUCCAGGGCCCUCAGAGGCACUAGCUGACUUUGGGUGAACCAGAGAGCUCUUCAUUGGUACAGCAGUGUGUGUGGACAGUAGACAGUGUUGGACCAUGGCGCUUGUGGACCCGACUGCAUCCCAUCUGGACCCGGGCAUGGAUGGUGAGAGCGGGGUCCUCGCAAGUGUCUUUGGGGUUCUCCCCAACGCCAACUGCCCCAAACACGGGCAAAACACCCCGGCGGACACCAAACGAUGCCUCCGCAAGGUCAUGGGGCACCACAGGGACUACGUCAAGAUCUCGCUGCCCGACACCAAGGGCAACCGGCUGCCCAUGGAGUGGUGGAAGACGGCCAUCGCGUUCUUCUACGCCAUCUUCAACCUGGUCCUGACCACCGUGGUCAUCACAGUCGUCCACGAGAGGGUCCCGGAGAAGGAGAGCAGCCCGCCACUGCCCGAUAAGUUCUUUGACUACAUCGACCGGGUCAAGUGGGCGUUCACGGUCACCGAGAUCAACGGCAUGCUCCUGGUGGGGAUCUGGGUUAUUCAGUGGCUUUUCCUCAGAUACAAGUCGAUUGCAGGUCGGAGGUUCUUCUUCCUGAUUGGCACCCUCUACCUGUACCGCUGUGUCACCAUGUACAUCACAACCCUUCCUGUACCCGGCAAUCACUUCACCUGCGCCCCCAAGCUGUAUGGAGACUCUCACGCUAAGAUGCAGCGUGUGCUGACGUUGAUCUCCGGCGGCGGUCUGUCCAUCACCGGCUCCCACCUCAUGUGUGGCGACUUCCUCUACAGUGGACACACCGUCAUGCUCACCCUCACCUACCUGUUCAUUAAGGAGUGUGAACUCAUAUGUUUACACAGCCAUCCACUUAACAUUGACCAGCUGCUGGUGUGUAUCCUGGUGGCCCACGAACACUACAGUGUGGAUGUGGUGGUGGCCUACUUCAUCACCUCACGCCUCUUCUGGUGGUACCACACCAUGGCCAACGUCCAGGUGAGAUGUUGAUACUAGAAUCUAGAAUGAUGCUGAUACUGAUACUAGAUAUGGUAAUGGGGUGGCAGGUAGCCUAGAGGUUAAGAGGGUUGGGCCAGUAACCGAAAGGUCACUGGUUCGAAUACCCAAGGUGAAAAACGGUCUGUGUCCUGAAACAAAGCAUUUAACCCUGAUUUGCUCCAGUGGCGCCGUACUACUUUGGCUAAUGCUGUAAAACAACACAUUUCACUGUAUUUCUGGUGUAAGUGACAAUGUAACAUCUUUAAAAUAAAUUACAUAUUCUCUUCUGGUCGUCCAGGUGAGAUAUUGAUCAGUGGAGACUGCUGCGGGGAGGACGGCUCAUAAUAAUGGCUGGAACAGA